GAUGAAUCGCCAAUUUAGCAGGAUUGUGGAUGAGAACGAGGAGAAGGAUAAGUCGCCUAGUCCAUCGAAUUCGCCUCGUAACCAAUCACCUUUAUCGUCGCCAGAGUCUUCGCCGACCACAAUAUUGUAUGUGGAUGUGGUAAAGAAUAAGCCCAAGUUGGAUAUGAUGCCUUCACCUCCACCGCGUCAGCUCACUCCUCCCGAAUUCAGCAUUUUCCGAGAGGAUUUUCCGGCUCUGCCGGGCACUGCGGCACUGCCAUCUGCUUCGAAUUCUUCUGUUCCCGACGAUUGGACUUCCAUGCUGAGCGAAGCCGACCAAGCGGAAUUGGCCGCACUGGACGAAUUGGCCGAAUUCAGGGACAUAACCUUAUCCAGCGAUACGAAUGUAAAUAAAGGUCCUAUCGAUACUUUCCAGCCGGAGAGUCAGAGCAACCAAAGCAAAGAAAAGCCCAUGGAUGUAAAGUACGUGCCCCAAUUUUAUGAAUACCUCCCCUCGUCCUCUGGCGCUGUGAGCCUGAUCUUCAGCAAGCAGUUCAUACACGAAGGUGUCCGGCAAAGGGCCUUAAGUGCAGCCUACAGGAAGCAGUCCCGACUUAGUACCAGAAUCCAUCCUCCUCCCGGUUUCGAAAAUACUAAAAUCUUUUCCAGCCUGAAGACCAACAGCACGGGCAUGCCACUGGGAGGAGUCGAAUUGGAGAUGGUAUCACCCCUCUAUGACAGGUUGUGGAAAAUGAAUGCCAAGUCGCAAGGUUCUGUCGUUGAGGGUUCCUUUGGGAUGUUAGGACUGGCCAAAAAAUUAGAAUCUAUCCAUCGUAAUCCGUUUUUUAUGCCCCAGCUAUACGGCAAUGAUGUCCCGCACAACGCUGGAGCUGGAGGAAAUGGUGUCCACUCCACCUUUACGGGGCCAUUUCAAGGGUCCUGCUCGAGUCCUCACGAGAUGAACUACAAGGUGCCACCCAACUAUCAUUUGUCUGGAAGGUUAAAUUUACAGCAGCCCAAAACGGAGGAGAUGCAGGUGGAGCUGUUGUUUUUUUUCUUCUACAAAUAUGUGGGUGACAUGAUGCAGAUGCUUGUGGCAGCGGAACUGGCAGAACGUGGCUGGCGCUAUCAUAUGAAAGAACGCCUCUGGAUCAAUAGGCAGCUGGACAAUCCCAACUAUUCGUUUAAGGGGUUCCAGGAGUCUGGCGAGUACAACUAUUUUAAUAUGUGCCAAUGGAAGAUCCUUCCCCGAUAUUUUCAACUGGAGCCCGAUCAUCUGGAACGGACCCUGUCUAAGGAGGAGCUUUAUGAGAUGCACGGAUAUCAUCCACAGAUGAUGUAAACGAGUGGGACAGAAUCUCUGUCAAACUCUUCUUUUUAUAAAUCCAAAGCUGAAUGCGUGUUUUAAAACAAAUGAGAAAUAAAUUUUAAAAUCAGUUAGCC